UGGCGCUCACGCGGCGUCCCAGCGGUUCUGGAUCCAGGCCUUUUUGUCUAUUCCCACUUCUGCAAUCCCGCAAUCCCAGGCCUUGGGACCUCAUCGCUCCUCUCCUGGAGAGUUUCAUGGCCGACAAGAAACUGGUGGUGGUUUUUGGAGCCACAGGUGCUCAAGGGGGCUCUGUAGCCCGCACACUCCUGGAAGAUGGGACAUUCAAGGUUCGAGUAGUGACCCGAAACCCUGGGCAGAGGGCAGCAAAGGAGCUGAAGCAGCAAGGUGCAGAAGUAGUACAGGGAGACCAGAGUGAUGAGGCCAGCAUGGAGCUCGCUAUGACCGGAGCUCAUGCCACCUUCAUUGUGACCAACUAUUGGGAAAACUGCAGUCAAGAACUGGAGGUCAAUCAGGGAAAGCUGCUGGCAGAUCUGGCCAAGCGCCUGGGCCUCCACUAUGUGAUCUACAGCGGCCUGGAGAACAUUAAGAAGCUGACAGCUGGGAGGCUGGCUGCAGGCCACUUUGAUGGCAAAGGGGAAGUGGAGGAAUACUUCCGAGAUAUUGGCGUUCCCAUGACCAGUGUGCGGCUGCCCUGCUAUUUUGAGAAUCUCCUUUCCUAUUUUCUGCCCCAGCAAGCCCCAGAUGGAAAGAGCUACUUGUUGGAUCUACCCAUGGGUGACAUUCCCAUGGAUGGCAUGGCUGUGAGCGACCUGGGUCCCGUGGUACUUAGCCUGCUGAAGAAACCAGAAGAGUACGUGGGGCAGAACAUUGGGCUUAGCACCUGCAGGCAUACCGCUGAGGAGUAUGCCACACUGCUCACCAGGCACAUCGGCAAGACUGUACAUCAUUCAAAGAUAACUCCUGAGGACUAUGAGAAGCUUGGCUUCCCUGGGGCCCGUGACCUAGCCAACAUGUUCCGUUUCUAUGCCCUGAAACCUGACCGCAACAUUGAGCUGACCCUGCAACUCAACCCCAAGGCCCGGACUCUAGACCAGUGGCUGGAGCAGCACAAAGGGGACUUUGCCCGACUGUGACUUUACUAUCUUGAAGCCCCUUGAGCUGGGGGGAGGGAGGCUCAGAGGCACAAUCAUCUGUCCUGUGUACAUUUUUUUUUUAAAACAAAGCUAUUGUUCUUACAGAUGGCUUCCAAAAAGAAAAGGGCUCUGUCUCUGGGACAUGGGUGGGAGUGGCAGCUGUUGAGCACCAACAGCAUGAAAAAUCAAUCCAGCAGGAGACAUGAAAUGGCUGGGGUAGGAAGCCCAGCAACUCUCUCUUUCCUGUAAUAAAGAGAGAGUGUAGAAACUGGCUAGCUGGAAAGGAAUAUGGGUAACUGUAGAGAGUUAAUGUUUAGGUGUGGAGUAUUCCACCCUGGCCAAGAGGAACACUUCUGCCUAGCUCCCACCAUCCCCAGUACACAGAUGCUAGAUGUGCACUAGGCACAGAGAGGAGCCUCAGCAACAACACCCCGUAUGCACCCCCCUGCAUCUCCAGAGCCAGUGGCCAUCUGUACAUUCAUUUUGAAUGGUGACAGACUUGGGAGGGAAAGAAAAAUUUAGAAGUUCCCUCUUCUCUUUUUCUGUAUCUGGUAUAGCCCGAGCUGUAGGGAACUUUCAGAACAGAAUGGGGAGAAAAAAUGGCAAAGUUGUGGAUUACAGGGUAAUGGAAAUAAUGGUGCUGCCUGCAGCAAAGAUCACUGUGGUGAACCAACUCCAACUUGGCUCCCUUUGGGGUUGUUUUUUAAAGUGCAGACUACUUUAUUAGCACUUCUUUUCCAGGCCACUGGUUAAAGCUGUUGGAAAUUUAAAGGCAUGCUGUCAGAUCAUGCAGUCGUUGAGCCCCAUUUUUAAUGACCCUGACAGAUAAUUUUUUUUCAGGUUGAAGCUAAGCAAGAUAAUUCUCCUAAGUAUGAAUUAGGAGAUGUUCAGUGCUUACAUGAUAGUGUUGGCAACUUGGCUCCCUUUGAAGAACACAAGUUACCUGCUGAGAUUCCAGAAUUUUAACCUGUGUAGUAACUACCAAACUCUACCCUGCCCUCUGACCUGAAGUAUAAACGGGGCAGCAUCCUCAUAAAAUUCAUUCCACUCCUAGAAAACAGGCAUUUCCUUGACAACUUAGGUGUGUCAGGCUCUAAAUACAACCUUAACAAGAAACAAUUAUACCCUCUGCCUUGAAUUUAUGCAAUGAGUAAGUAACAUAGAAACACAGUUGACACCAGAGCUCCAAAGGACAGAGACAGCUGGUCCUCCACUGGCUGCCCACCAUGGCCCUAUCUCAUAUGACAGCAGAAAGUAGAAACAACCUACAUGUCCAUCAGUAGCCAUACAAUGGAUUAUUUUUAUUAUACUGUGGAAUGACAUUCUGAUGCAUUCUACAACAUGGAUAAACCUGAAGAACAUUGAUUGAAAGAAGUCAGAUUUGAAGGCUCAUGAGUAUAGGUAAUGUCCAGAACAAGCUAGCCCACACACAGAAAAUAGAUGAGGAGCUGCCAGAGACUAGGGGCACCAGAGAGCCAAGAAUGAGUGAAUGCUAACACAUACAAGGCUUCUUUGU